AUGAGCACCACCCAACGAUUCGCCCGACGCAAGUCUGUGGACUCGUCCACUGCCGACUUCCAAGCUGCACACAAGACUGCACCAUUCUCCAGUAAACACCCCAAGGGUUUCGGUGAGAUGGUGCUAGUUGAUGGUGUUAGCAUUACACAAACGUACCUCUUGCCGGUGCCACACUUGCGCCAGUGGCUGCCAGAGAAGGAUAUGCAGGUCUGCAACCGCCGCAAGCUCGAUACGCUGGCUGAAGACUCGGUCGAGCGAAAGAGUACAUACAAUAAGAUCAUGGGCGAGUCCGACGUGAUUCUGGGCGACAUCCGCCGCAAUGAUAGACAGGCUGCCGUUUCGCGUGCCUACUUGCGUGCCGGUCCUCGUGGAACUACAUAUUUUGACCCGUCCACGGUCAAGGCUGCCGUCGUGACCUGUGGUGGACUAUGUCCCGGCCUGAACAAUGUAGUGCGCGACAUCACCCUUGCUCUGUGGAACCUGUACGGCGUGCGUGAGAUCUAUGGUAUCCGCAUGGGCUUUGCUGGCUUUCACAACUGGAAAUCACUAGACCAGAAGGAGGCUCCUAUCAUGCUUACUCCCAAGUCUGUGGCUAACAUUCAUCACCACGGUGGCACUAUUCUUGGUUCCAACCGUGGAGGCUUCGACGAGGACAAGAUUAUUAAUUUUCUCACCACCUAUGACAUCUCACAGCUGUACGUGAUUGGUGGCGAUGGGACUCAUCGUGCUGCAAACAAGAUUUCGGAGGAGUGUCGUCGCCGCAAGCUGGCGAUCGCGGUCGCCGGUGUACCCAAGACCAUCGAUAACGACGUGGACCUUCUCGACCGCAGCUUCGGCUUCAACACAGCUGUCGAAGAAGCUCAACACGCAAUUCGUUCGGCUGGCACGGAGGCUCGUUGCGUGCCCAACGGUAUCGGUGUCGUCAAGCUAAUGGGACGUAGCGCCGGUUUUAUUGCUGCUCACGCGUCGCUUUCUAGCGGCGAUGUCAACCUGUGUCUGAUCCCAGAGAUUCCAAUUGAACUUGACGGCCCUCGCAGCUGCUUGGACCACCUCGAGCAUGUUGUGGAGGAGCAAGGCCACGGUGUGGUCGUUGUCGCUGAGGGCGCCGGUGAAGAGCUACUGGGCACUUCGGUUGAAGCCGAUGCUGGUGGCAAUAAGAAGCUGCCGCCUAUCGGCGCUUUCAUGAAGGAUCGGAUCCAGGAGCAUUUUGCCAAGAAGGGCAAGGAAUGUACUGUCAAGUACAUUGAUCCCUCGUACAUGAUCCGUUCAGUAUCCGCCAACGCCGCUGACAGUCUAUACUGCAUGCUCCUGGGCCAGAAUGCUGUGCAUGGUGCCAUGGCCGGUUACACUGGUUUUACAGUUGGUCUUAGUGCCAACCGUGUCGUAUACUUCCCCAUCGAGGCCAUUACGCGCAAUUCGCCGCGCUGCAUGGAUCCCUUUGGUCGCACGUGGGAGCGCGUGCUAUGUUUGACGCGUCAGCCGAACACUGCUCGCGAGGGAAGCAUUAAGGGCGCCAAGUCGUCAGAUUGA